AUCACACAUGUUUCCAUUCUCUCUCAGUAAUCGCACCCGGACGUGGCAGAUUGGAUCCAUAAAAACGUUGUCGCCUGGAGACCCCUCGGUGAAAUAGCGUGGAAUAUUAUCAGGGGCACGAUUUACUGGUCCUGGGAUUAAGUGUACGUAUUAUUUUAUGGGAAUCUGUGUCGUGCGCCCGAUUUGCCAUUUACAUCUACCGAUUCCGGAAGUGCUCAGCGUGGUGUGAUAGUGAAAGGGAGUUUCAGUGAAGCGUUCAGUGUAGAUAAAUAAUGUUGUGAUACUGAACUUAAACCAUGACGAUAUGCCAUAGAUUUAAACAGCGCCUGUUACGUAAGAAAUAUAUAGAUUUUGCUUACAUCGAAGAGAGUAAUCUGAAGCGUUGUCUGGACACUAUCGAUCUGACUGCGUUGGGCAUCGGAGGGACACUAGGAACCGGUCUCUAUGUAAUCGCCGGACAAGUAGGCAAAGAAGUCGCCGGCCCAUCAGUUGUUCUUUCAUUUUUGAUAGCGGGGAUUGCUUCAGUCCUUUCAGGUCUUUGCUAUGCUGAGUUUGGUGCUCGGGUUCCUCGCGCUGGCUCGGCCUACGUAUACGCUUAUGUCACUGUUGGUGAACUGUGGGGCUUUGUUAUUGGCUGGAACAUGAUAUUGGAAUAUGUCAUAGGAUCAGCAAGCGUUGCCAGGGGAUGGAGUGGUUAUUUUGAUUCAAUGCUCGGGGAAAAUCUGGAGAACUUUUCUAUGAAAUACAUACCAAUGAAUAUGCCUGGUAUCGCUGCCUACCCAGACUUCUUGGCAUUUGUCAUCGUACUCAGUGUGACAGCUAUACUGAUGGUCGGUGUCAAGGAAUCAUCUCGAUUCAAUAACGUAUUUACAUCCAUUAAUAUGGUUGUGGUGUUGUUUAUCUUGGUUACCGCGGUAUUAAAAGCUAAUUUCUACUACUGGGACAUCCAAGUAGAAGACAUCCCUGACCCCGAGACACAGGGGGAUGGAGGCUUCUUCCCGUUUGGAUUUUCGGGGACAAUGUCCGGAGCAGCUACAUGUUUUUAUGCGUUUGUUGGAUUUGAUGCAAUAGCUACUACAGGCGAAGAAGUAAAGAAUCCUCAACAAGCCAUACCCGUCAGUAUCCUGUUGUCCCUGACGUUCGUCUUUCUCUCGUACUUUGGAGUCUCAUCAGCUCUGACGUUAUUGGUGCCUUACUACGAACUUGACAGCGGUGCGCCCAUACCGCACGCAUUUCAGUAUAUCGGCUGGGAAUGGGCAAGGUAUAUCGUUACAAUUGGAGCUGUAUGUGGCCUAUCAACGAGUUUGCUGGGUUCAAUGCUGCCUCUGCCACGUGUGAUUUACGCAAUGGCCAACGAUGGUUUAGUGUUUAGGUAUUUUUCUCGCGUAGAUGACAAUUAUAGAACACCUCUAGUAGCAACAGCCGUGUCUGGAAUAUUUGCGGGGUUAAUGGCUCUGUUUUUUGAAAUUAAACAGUUAGUAGACAUGAUGUCAAUAGGAACACUUUUAGCGUAUACCAUAGUAUCAGUGUGCGUUUUAAUUUUAAGAUAUGAAUGUGAUACUGGUAAACCAACCCUCUCUCAUUUACAUCACCCGGGACCCGAUACGACGCCCACACUUCUUGACGUGCUCGGGCAAUGUUUUGCCUCCAAUACUUCAACUCCGUCAGAAUUAUCGUCAUCAAUUGUCACGUAUGCAACGUCUAUACUCGGGGCCCUAAUAUUCAUGUUUUGUUCAGUUAUGAUUUUCGCCGAGUCGAAUUUAGCGCACGGGGAAUGGUGGGCAAUAAUACUAGCUAUUACCCUCGGUAUAUGCAUACUUGUAAGUCUAUAUGCGAUAUCGAAACAGCCACAAAAUACAAGAGGUUUGACAUUUAAGGCCCCUGCAGUACCAUUGCUACCUAUAAUCAGUAUGUUUAUUAAUAUUUACCUGAUGUUAAAACUGUCAUAUGCAACGUGGAUCCGAUUUUCAAUAUGGAUGUCAAUCGGUUUCUGUAUAUAUUUUGGGUAUGGUAUUUGGAACAGCUCGGAGGAAUUACGAUUGAAAGAAACGUUUGCGAACGAGGCUCUAAACUCAGACGAUGACUCAGAUGACGGAGCUGAGGCGGUUAAAAUGAAUGUAGAUAAAACGGACAACGAAGGUGCUCCACUACUGUCCAAUAUGUUACCAAUUAUUAUCGAGAGUGAUUAAUAUACGAAGCAAAUGGUUUGACGAAAAAAAGAUGAACGAUGCUACUUUUAUCACCAGUGACGUCAUUUAUUACAUUUAAGUCAUUAAGAUGAAAAAGAUGGACGAUGCUACUUUUAUCAUCAGUGACGUCAUUUAUUACAUUUAAGCCAUUAAGAUGUAAAUUGUAUAUAUUUAUUGCAUGACAAUUAUUAGAAAAUAAAAUUAUAUUAUUAAA